GCCAUUUAAUAAAAGUUACAUAAGCUUUGUUCCAUUCCAUAGCGCACAUAAACAGAACUCCCUACUCCUUGUUGAGGGAAUGUCGGUUAAGGGAACUUCCCUUGAUAAGAUACCUCCAUUCAGAACACUUGCAAGUCACUAAGUCACUUCCUUAUUAUUCUGUUGCCACUACUGUGGAAAUUUUACACGACUAGUGUAAGUAAAAUAUAAUAAUAAGUAAAAUAUUGAAUAUAUAUCGAAACAAAAACAAAUACCAUGACACAACGUCCACUGAAAUGUACAUAACUUGUGAACAAAUGUGAUUUGAUUCAUUUACAAGAUUUAUGGUGUCAGAUUUCUAUCAUGCAGAUUGUUUACAGAUUAUUUUAUAGGCUACUGUUAUUAUAAUGCUUGCUUCCCUUCCAGCAAAGCAAUGACCCGUUGUUCUUCCUUUCACAGUUCACAGGUACUUUUGAACUGAGCAUUGUUUGCUCCAUACAGUUAAGGAUCUAACUUAACAUGGCUGAAUACGCUGUGCAGUCCAGAGAACUACUAGCCGAUCGUAAUGCACCCAUAGUCUCACUUUAAGGAGCUAAGACAAUGAGAACAUUCUCCACUCUAUGCAGAAAACCUGCAUCUGUAUAUAGACCGCAACUGCUUGUUAAGCUUUUGCUGUUAGUUUUAAAAUGUAUUUUAUGCUUACAAAGUGUCUGUGCUCCUCUUGAAAACAGGCCUUCAAGACUUAACUGAUUGAAAUUCUUAGGCGGUAAUGUUUUCCUUCCAUCCCUCUCCGUCAAACUCCAAAGUCAAAGUUAACUAUCAAGUAUAGUAUGUAUAGAGAGUUGUGGUGGAUAACCUUUUAGUCUAAUUACCAAUUUCCAAUUCCACACUUGUUCUGCAGUGAAGUAUGUGGGAACUGUUUUUCAGGAAGUUAUGUUGACCAGUUCCUUUUUUACUGCUUUUCUUGUAUAUUAUCAUACAUGUUGUAUGGGGAAAUCCCCAGUAGCGUUCAGUUGCCCACACCAUAUGAAAUGAAAAAGAUGGAGAUAAGCAAGCUUUGUGCUGUUGACAGAGGCUGGUCAGGUUAUAGAAUACUGGAUCGUGUACACGAUGCGGGGGCGACAAGAUAAUAUUUUGUUACUCCUUGUUGUUGAGCAGAAGAGUGUUACUGUCAUUUGUCAGGGUGCUACCCUAUCAUAUUCACUGACUCACAGUUUUCAGUGUUGCAAUUUACUGGCACACGUACCUUUAAUUAAUUAACAUUAUUAAUUGGAAAUACAUAAAUAGCUGUGUGUGUUUUUUUGUGUCCUUUGCUCAAGCUCUACAUACAUGAUUUGAAAACGUCUGAAAUUUGAAUUUAAUGAAAGAAAAUCUGUUAUUUUCUUUCAUUUUACAGUUAAAAGAUAAAGUCUUUUAGCUAUUUAAAUUUCCAUGCUUCCUAUAGCUGGUAAGUUCACUAGAUUUCCAUUUCCCCCUUAUGCCAGUAUAUCAUUUACAGUAGGCUUCAUUUGUUUGCAUAAACCCUCUGCAGUACAGUAAACAGUAAGUUGACACACAAAGGUGGUAAGUUAGAGAACAGUAUGGGAAGCUGUUUGACCUUGCGCUGACUCCCGCCAGCUACGCCCCCCAACCUUAUUUCCUUCUUUAACAGAGGACUUUGCACUUCAUAGCUCAGUGUUUGCUCCUGUCAGCGGUGUGGUAUGUGUGUUUGCUUUACUGUGAUUAGGAAUUAUUAAGGCGAAGUCUCAUGUCGUCGAAUGUUUCUGUGUUAGAGAGGGGCUUUGUUCAUUCCUGCCACAGGCCAUGACUAGACUCCGUUCAACAAACAAAUCUGACUGCAGUCCUUAAUAGAAAGCGGCAGAGGUUUAUGAUGUGAUUAGAUAUUGAAUUAGCUGUGUAAAGCAAACAAAUGUUACAAAAAGCAUGAAUGGUGGGGAAAUAUGUGUGGUUCACUUGACUAAUGGUUUUUGAGUGAGUGUGUGUGUGCGUGUGUGUGUCUGAAAUGUGAUUGUGUGUAAGAGCCUGUGUUUGUGCCAGCAUUCACAGAGUCAGUCCCUUGUUGCUCAGCUUCACAGUGGUCUUGUCUUACCGGUUUUCCUUCACGCCCACACAUAAACACACACAAAUGCUUUGACACAAACACUCAGGGGCGUGGAAAGAGCCUGGCCCUUUUAUUGUGCUUCUCUCCCUCUUCCAGUCAACGUCUACCUCCAGUAAUGACAACGUGACUAUAUUGUUCGCUCCGUUUGCCCCAGCUGUGCCCAUCGACUCAGCACCGUCUCGCUAUCACACACGCUCAGGAUGGCAGGGGAGUGUGUUCCUGAGGGUCCAGACCUGAGAGAGAUGGGCGAGGAGGAACUGUGGGAAAUGAUUAAUGACAACCGCCACCGGAUCUCCUUGGGGGUGCGGCCAUGCACCUUGAUCCCGUACCUGAGGCAGGCCAGGGUGCUCACAGAGAUGGACGAGGAUGAGAUCCUCUCCUGCCACAACCUCACCAACCGCAGCAUGAGAACCAGCUACAUGCUGGACCUGCUGAGGACCCAGGGGAGGAAUGGUGCUGUGGCCUUGUUGGACAGCCUGAUGAUCCACUACCCGACCCUGUACACCCAAGUUACUGGACGCAAACCCAGCACUGAGCCCUCUAGAUUCAGUGGCCUGAUAAAGUACUCAGAGCUGACAGAGUAUCUGGUCAGAGCAGUGACGGGAAUGCAGAAGGAGCUCCAGGAGGCGCGGUGUGAGGCUAGCAGAAUGAGUGCGCGCUGUGUCUCCCUGGAGUCAGAGAUCAGGCAGAUAAUGGAGCAGGAGGAGAAGUCAAGAUGCCUUCAGUCUGAAAAUGAACGCAUGCGGAGACACUUGUGUUCUCUGCAGCAUGAAGUCACUAAGUUGAAGGAUGAGAAGUGUGACUUGUAUAUGCGCUACACAGCCGCCAUUGAGGACAGAUCUGCUGUGAACAUGCGCCUUCAUGACCUCAACCUGCAGGUGUAUCAGCUGCAGACUGAGCUGCAGAAGGUACAAAUGGAGAACGAGUUCCAGAAGCGACGUUCGCUCAGGUGUGCCCCGCAUGCUGAGACGCCACAACUGCAAGAGGAAGUCAGGAGUCUGCGCUGCCAGCUGGUGAAGGUGGAAAAACUGGACCCGGCUCGUCAGGACAUCCUGGCCCAGGACCUGGCUGAGGCCAUAGACAGCCAGGUGGAGCUUGCAGAGCAGCUCAGGUGUUACAGAGAGGAGAAUGAAAAGCUGCUCGCAGAUAAACAAGGGCUAUUGGAACAGAAGGAGUGCCUCAGCCUCCAGGCGCAGCAGCUGACCUUGGACUGUAACAUGCACCAGCAGAAGAACACCGUGAUCCAGAACCAGAUAAGAGAGCUGCAGGCAGAGAGAGACCAAGCGUAUCUGUCCAGAGAUGAGGCCCAGGCCAUGAUCGCCCGCGUCCUGGCUGAGAAGGACACCCUGAGGUGUCAGCUGGUGGAGUUCCAAGAGCGGGUCUUCAGCCUGCAGGCCAAUCGCAGCUCUAGAAAACAACUGCAGAGUUCUGAUGAUGAGAGGGUGGAGGACUGGGGGAGCCCUAGGUCCAGCUCUGAAGAAGACCCACUCCCAACCCGACGUAGACUUCGCCGCAUGGAUGCUGUCAAUCCUAUGUCCCAUCUCAGUUCCUUCAAUUCAGAGUGUGAAGAUGCUGCAGUAAGUAGUGUCCGAUCCCGAAACGCAGAGCCCCCCUGUCCAGACUCUCUCCGCAGAAGGGAGCAAGCUCUACAUGCAGAGGGCAGCUUGGAAGCAGCAGAGACUGAUUCUCUCUUGGAAGACUUUGUGUUUCUCCCCAGUGUGGGGAGUGAAGACAAGCAGACACCCAGGCUUUCCUCGUCUAAUGGCUCCAGCACUGAUGGCCUGUCAAGAACCUCAGCCCCUCCCUUCCUGAUGCGUUCCCGUCCGAAAGCAAUUCGCGUUAAUGGCCGUGUGCUCAGCAUCUCCUUCCAAGGGGAGUCGCUGCUCAGCCAGCUGGCAGUGAUUGGAGGCAAUAAGACCGGAGUGUUUGUGCACCAGGUGACAGAAGGGAGCGCUGCCCAUACUGUCGGCAUCAGCCCUGGGGCACAGAUUGUGGAGGUGAAGUGCGAGCAGAACCAGAAGGCUCUGAGGAUGGUGCUGGAAGAUUCCACUUUAGAGGAAGCAAUGUGGGCUCUUGGCCAGAUCAAGGGUCUCUGUCACCUCUCCCUUCGAUCCAGGCAAGAUGACUACGAGGCGCUGCUGCAGCAGCUGCAGAGCAGUGAGACAUCAUCCGGAGACUCCUUCUACGUACGUGUCAACAUGUCCUUCCCUGCUGGCCCCAACGGAACCCUGGCCGUGUCCUGCAACGACAUCCUUCAUGUGACCAACACACGACCCACUGGCACUGAGGACUCAUGGCACGCAAGCCAGGUUCACCCCUGUCAGCUACUGGACCUCCAGAGUGGAACUGUUCCCAACUAUUACAGGGCACAACGGCUUCUGAUCCAAGCAAUUGAAGACAUGAGCUUUCAAACAAAGAAGUGUCAGAAGCUAGUCAGUGUUUGGCGUGUGGGGCCCCAGAACAAGGAGAAGGCUGUGAGGAUUGUAAGCACCGGGCGCCUGGGCAGGAACCCACUGUGGGUCAGUGUGGAGGAUGAAAAGGCCAAGAGCACAGAAUCAGGUGACACUGCAGCCAAAACUUGUUUAUCCCUCAUGCCCUACACCCUGGUCACCCCCCACUACCCACCCAUCUGCAGGCCUGUCGUGCUGUUGCCCACAGUCCUGGGACGCAUCCUGGACAAGAAGCUGGCAGACUGGCAAGGCUUUCAGCUCUGUCAGCCUGAGGUGCUGAGCUCCUGUGAGCACGCAGCCCGGCUGCAGAAAUCUGAGAUCCUGGAGGAGUGUGAGCAGGGAAGAAACUGCUGCUACACCCUGCAGAGUGUCGAGAAAGUCAUGAAGAAGGGGAUUCACUGUGUGCUGCCACUGGGGCUGGACUGCGUGCGUCGACUGCACCGGUCCGAGAUCUUCCCUAUUGUCAUCUUCAUUGGCCAGUCUGCACGUAGUGCACGUAAACUGAGGUCAAAGCUGCAGCGCCACGGCCAGUCGGAGGAGCAGCUGCUGGCGUGUUCGAGGAACGAGGAGCCGCUGUUGGACAAGCUGCCGUGUCUGUAUCACAGCGUGGCUCCGGACUCCUGGUGUGACCAGACCUCCCUUCUGACCAGCCUGCGCACCAUCAUCUGGGAGGAGCAGAAGAAGAUUGUGUGGGUGGAGCCUGACCUGUGGUGAAGUAGAUGAUAGAACAGAAAAGAAUCAAAAGAAAAUAUAAAAAAUAAUUAUGAUUUCUUAAAGGGCUUUUUGUUAAAUAUAUCGGAAUAGUAUAACCAAGCUUUACAAGAACUAUUUUUGUAAACACAAGUAUGUAUCUAUGAUACUUAAGUAACUGGGUGAAUGAGGUACUCUUAUAAUGGACUAUAUACUGUACUUUGAGUGUAUGAAGCUGUAUCACUAUUUGCUCUUCCCAGAAACAUUUUGUUGCCUCCCUUUUUGAGGCGGUUGUUUAAAGCAAACACUGGUGUGAGGUGUCCUCUAAAAACAAAUGUAUCAUUAACACAUACUGUAAUGACUUGUAUGUACUGUAUCUCUACAAUAUGUUGUAGAUCAUUUCCCACUAUGAGGGAUUUUCUUUUAAUGCUCUGGAGCUGUCAUAACCAACCUCUCAUGUGUAUCUUGUAUGUCGGGUUCAUGUUACUGCUCUAGUUUUCCUUUUCUUUUUCUCCUUUCUGGUUGUCCUCUUCUUCUGCUUCUUCUUCUGCUUCUUCUUCUUCUUCUGCUUCUUUUUCUUCUUCAUGGUGCUGCCAUUAACUUUAUUGACUUUAUGACUUUACUGUCAACGUUUCAAAAACAUCCAUUUCUUCUUUAUUUUUUAUUUUUUUUGUCUUACAGUGCACAUUAAUAAAAAGUGUAGCAAUGUUUAA